AUGAAAAUAAGUUUAUCUUUUAAUAAAAAAAAAAAAAAAGAAGAAAACGAAACAAAGGAGUCCAAACAAGAACAAAAUAAUAACGAUAAUUUUCAAGACAAUAAAAAAGAAAUUAAUGAAAGAGAUCAAAUCAAAAAUGUUUUCCAUUCUUCAAGUGAUGAAGAAAUUUUUGAUUUUGAAAAUAAUCAUAAUAAAAAAAUAGUGGAAAAAAAAAAAAAAAAAAUUGAAAAUGAAAUAAAAGAAUAUAUUUAUGAGCAUGAAAAUGCUCCAAUCCAAGAAAAUAAAAAUGAAGAGGACAAAAAAGCCAGAGAAAAACCCAAAAAAAUAAUACAAUAUUUGGGAUAUAAAGGUGAAGAAUUAACCAAAUUUUAUAGUGAUAAACUAAAAGAUGUAAAAAAAAAUUACCAUAGUAUUAGUAGCAGUGAUGAAUAUAAAAAAUCUGUUUCUUCGAGAGAAAUUGAUAAUGACACUAAAAGAAAAAGAUAUAAACCAGAUUUAAAAAAAAUGAAUACCGGUUCUCAUAAAGAUUAUAAUAGAGAACAAAAUUAUGAUAAAAUAAAAAAAAAAAAAAAUGAUGAUGAUUUAAGUAUAGAUGAAAUUUUUACAAAAAAGGAAAAUAAUAAUAAGUCUAAAUACAUGGACGCAUUGAUCAAUAGUUCAAAAAGAAGAAUGAUGGAAAAAGAAAUAUUAAUACAAAAUAAACUUAAAAUAGAUACAGAAAAAGACAAAGUAUUUGUUACGAGUGCAUAUAAAAAAAAAUUGGCAGAACGUCAGCUAAUAAAACAAGAUAUUGAAGAAGAAAAUGAACAUGUAGAACCGAGUAACCAUAGAAGUUUGAAUUUUAAUUUAUUUUUAAAAAACAUUAAUGCUCCUUCAAAUUAUAAUAGAAACAAUAGACUUUAUAAUGAAAAUCAAAAUUUAGAAGAUUUUUGA